AAUGUGAAAAGCAAUGUUUACUACACGAGUCUGAUUUCCAGUGUUAUUAGAUCAGCACGAUGUGGUGGAUACUGGUUGUUGUAGCAGCCGCCGUUGUCUUGGGGUACUGGUUGGUGAUCCGCCCCCACAGGUACUGGUUGAAAAAGGGGGUGAAGCAGGGAACUCCAGGGUUUAUUUUUGGGAUGAAUUUGGGAAUGCUUUUCCAAAAAAAGUCGUAUGCGGAAAUAGCUGAAAUGGUUUAUAAUGUGUGUCCAAAUAACAGGUACUUCGGCACCUACCAGUUUUUCCAAGCAACACUUCAACUAAAGGACCCUGAUCUCAUCAAACAGAUCACCGUCAAAAACUUUGACCACUUUGUAGACCACCGAACUUUGCUCCCAGAAGAUAUCGACCCACUAUGGAGUAAAAACCUUUUCGCACUAAGUGGCAAUAAGUGGCGCGAAAUGCGAACAACACUCAGUCCAGCUUUCACCAGCAGCAAAAUGAAAUACAUGUUCACUUUAAUAUCACAAAGUGGUCAACAAUUUGUAAACUACUUUGUACAAAAAGACGAGAAUCUCAUUACUGUUGAAAUAAAAGAUACCUUCACUAGAUUCGCUAGUGAUGUCAUUGCGAAUACCGCCUUUGGAGUACAAUGUGACUCAUUGAGAGACAGGGAAAACGAGUUUUAUAUGAUGGGUAAAGAAGCUACCGAUUUCAGUGGCCUGAAGGUUUUCAGAUUGAUUGGAUACUUCUUAAUACCCAAUGUAUUUAAGUUUUUUAAUCUAACACUGUUUCCAAAAGAAGUUGGCCAAUUUUUCAACAAUCUAGUCAAAAGCAACAUUCAAAGUCGCGAAAAACACGGGAUAGUUAGGCCUGACUUGAUCCAUCUUCUUCUCGAAGCUCGCAGAAACGGGUUUAAACACGAAGACAUCGAACCAUUUCAUGACGAAGGUUUUGCCACAGUCGAAGAAUCGGAAAUACACAAAAACCCCAAAAACCCUAAACCAGAAAUUACAGACCAAGACAUCACCGCGCAAGCUGCACUUUUCUUCUUCGCUGGUUUUGACUCAGUGUCCAUACUCAUGUGCUUCAUGUGUCACGAACUUGCUGUUAAUCCAGACGUCCAGAAGAAACUUAUUCAGGAAGUCGAUGAUACCGUGGAAGCUUGUCAGGGCAAACUAACUUACGAAGCUCUACUUGGUAUGAAAUACAUGGAUAUGGUUGUCUGUGAAAGUUUAAGAAAGUGGCCCAAUCCAGUGUCUGUGGAUAGAAUUUGCACAAAACCCUACACCAUCGAGCCGAAAUAUCUCGAUGAGGAACCUGUUCACUUGGAAAAGAACGACAUUGUUUGGUUGCCCAUUUUUGGACUUCAUCGAGAUCCUCAGUAUUAUCCAGAGCCCGAGCGGUUUGAUCCUGAAAGAUUUAAGGACGAGAACAAGGCUAAGAUUAAACCAUACACCUACUUGCCUUUUGGAUCUGGACCUAGGAAUUGUAUUGGUUCCCGAUUUGCUCUCUUGGAAACUAAAACGCUAUUCUUUUAUAUUUUGUCACAUUUCGAGAUAGUUCCAGUGGAGAAGACUCAAAUUCCUUUAGUUUUAAGCAAGAAGCAGUUUAAUCUGACUGCCGAGAAUGGGUUUUGGUUAGGGUUUCAACGCCGCUCGAAAUAA